AUGAUGGUCCUGACUUUGUUCUUUUGUUUUCUGUCUUUUCAAUUGCAGUUACCUUUUGCGCUCCCCACAGGAAACGUUUCUCUCAAAUGCAUGCAGGACACUGACGAAUUCCUUUCCGACUUGAAUUCAGUGGAGCCCAAAGAAUACGCUCUGAGAAUGUAUGACUCGGUCGGGAAGCUUGGGAGCAAUAUUCUUAACGGAAACGUGGACAGGCUGGGAUCGUACAGCGAGUGCCUCUCCGCCCGGGCUCCCUCGGGGCGCUUCCAAGGACAGUACUGCAAGUUUCAGAUCCUGCAGGAUGGAGCUGCAUACAGCGUGGGAGUGUGUGUCCCUGAUUCUUGCACCGAAGAGGACGUGACCAUGAUGUCUCAGUUGGAUAUUUUCAGAUUCAGAAAUACUUCGUUUUUGGCCCCUUCUCUCUCUCUCUUUGCAAUCAAUUCUUCCUCCUCAUCUGGCACGGGCGCGGCUAGAUGUGCUACUGGAACGUUCCCCCUCGACACCUUUGUGGCCGUGUGUCUCUGCCUCACCUCGCUGGGCCUCCUCCUCCCCCUGGCUGGCACUGUCUAUGUGGCGGCCAGGGGGCGGGGGCCCGACUACAGGGAGUCACCCUCACAUCGGGCACGACCGGCCACCGACGGGAGCCUGCCUCUGAGAGAGACACAGAGGAGUGACCCAGGAAACAGAGCGGGUGGCCUGGCCCACCUCUCACUCUCAGGAACCCCGAGCAGAGGACAAAGAUUUUUAGGAGCCACGGAGCACGCUCUGAAAUGCUUUUCGUGGCAGAAGAACGUGCCGGCCAUCCGGACCACAGAGACGCCCGCGGGGGGCGUGUGCUCUGCGCUGAAUGGCAUCCGGGCUCUGAGCCUCCUCUGGAUCAUAUCCGGGCACACCAGUCAGAUGACUGCCUGGCUGUCUUUGGAUAAUGUGCUUGAGUGGAAAAGCAGAGUGCUUAAAAAUCCACUGUACCUUUAUUCUCGGAGUGGCCCAUUCUAUCUUGGGGUUGACACAUUCUUCCUGAUCAGUGGUUGGCUAAGCGCAAGGUCAUUUCUAAGGAUGCAUCAGAAUUCGGACAAAGGAACAACCCUUAAUGUCAUCCUCAGAUACUUCCUCAGCCGCCUUACAAGGUUGCAGCCCCUUCACAUGUAUUCGGUGUGCUUGCUGGCUGGAUUGUUCUCUCUUGUUCCCUGGGGGCCCGUCUGGGAAGUGCCCAAGUUCCACGUGGAUAACUGCCGGCGAGCGUGGUGGACGAAUCUGCUGUUGCUAAAUAAUUUCCUGUGGGUCCAAAACGCGUGUAAUGGCUGGACGUGGUACCUGGCCAACGAUUUUCAGUGCCAUCUCAUCACGCCGGCGAUCGUCCUCAUCCACAGAAAAAGUAAACAUGUCCUUGUCCUCCUCGGGGCCAUGCUGUUCUUGGCAUCUUUCACUGCCACAGCUCUGCUCACCCUGGCUUACUCCCUUCCGGUCGCAGCUCCGUCAGAAGCAAGUGAAAACGUGACUGUGUUGUACUUCUCCGAGUACUACACGAAGCCCUACUGCAGAUUCGGACCAUUCCUCGUGGGGCUCUUUCUGAGCAUUUUCAUGCACCAAAACCACCAGGCAAACAUCCUUAAAACCAAGACGCAGGCCCUGCUCGGGUGGACUUGCUCCCUGGCCGCCCUGUUCGCAGUGGUUGCUCUGGCGUAUGCAGUGGAUGAUACUUCUGUCACCUCUUCACCUGCCGUUGCCCUGUACCAGGCCCUCCACCGGACCCUGUGGGCGGCAGCCGUGGGCUGGGUCCUGUUGGCAUGUCAGGAAGGCUAUGGAGGGCUGGUGAACAGGCUCCUCUCCUGCCACAUCUGGGCUUUCCUGGCCAGCAUCAGUUACGCUUGCUACCUGGUUCAUCCGAUCCUCAUCAUGCUCUACAACGGCCUUCAAGAAACGCUCAUUCACUACAGCGACACCAACAUGUUCUACCUUUUCUCUGGACACUGUUUGCUGACCAUCAUCACUGGGCUGGCCCUGACACUGUUCAUUGAGAAACCAUGUCAGGAGCUGAAGCGGUACCUGUUGGGACCAGUGCCUGCUGGGCCAUGAACAUUCUGGUAAAACCCUAGAGAAUGACUGGGUUUUUUUCUGCUGGCAAUGAGCUCAAGUAGACAGGGGCUCAUUUAUGUAACAAACGCUUGUGUUCCCGAAAAGCGGUGUGAAUUCUGAUUUGGUGAAUGCUUAAGAUAUACAAGUUCUCUCUGUGCUUAAUGCAAAAAGAGUUCUGAGUGUUUAUUUACUAUAUAAAAGAGUUCUGUGAUAGCCUGUUGGGUAGCACAAUAAUCACUCUCUGAUGUACCUUUUUAGAAAAAAACAAAAAACAAACAAACAAAACCAAAGAAAAACAAUCUAGAUUUGUGAUAUCUUGUUCGGCAUGUACUUUCUGUACCAAUGAUCAGAGGAAAACAUCAAAUCUAGUGAGUUUAAUGCAACUUGGGUUAUAAUCACAUUUCUUGGUAAAGUCACAGUAUGUAGUUUUUCACAUCAUCGUUAUCUUUGUGUUAUCAUGAUACCUUUGAGGACUUGUAACUUUAUUUCGGAGCCUCAGGAUUGUGUGACCCACUAGCGUGCCCAGUUCAUGGGUGUGUCGUUACAGGCCUUCCAAACAUUAUCUAUUUUACAACACGGUCGCUGUUAUGGGUUGAAUGUGUCCACCGAAAAAGAAACAAAGUCCUAAUCCCGUCAUACCUUAGAACGUGACCUGUUUGGGGGGGGGGGGGGGGUAGUGUUCUUACAGAAGUAAUCAAGUUAAAAUGAGGUCAUGGGGGGAGGUGGCUCUAAUCCAGUAUGACUGGUGUCCUUGUAAAACAGGGAAAUCUGGACAUAGAGACAGAUAUGCACAGAGGGUGGAAGACGUGAAAACAGACAGCAAUAAGGCAGCCAUCUACAAGCCAAGGAACGCCAAAAAUUUCGGGCAGACACAGAAGCUAGACGAGGCAAGGAAGGACUCUCCCCUAGAGUGUCAGAGAGAGCAGAGCCCUGCUGACACCUCGAGUUAGGACUUGCAGCCUUCCAGAACAGUGAGAUGAUUUACUGUUGUAAAUCAGCCAGUUGUGCAACCCUAGCAAAGAAUACGGUCCCUCAACAAAACUCCCAACAGAGAAGGACGAGAUCCAAUCAAUGGCUCCCAUCCCAACUCUUCGGUUUCCAGCAACAAGGCCUGGAAAUGGAGAGAUUUAUAAGGCCAGGGUGUCCAGGCUCUCAGGCUUGUGUUCCUUCCCGGGUGUGUGAUUUCACGUUAACCAUCCCUACUUGCAUUUGCGUAACAUCACUUAAAACAACGCUCUCUUUGUGUACUCAAUAAAUAAAGGGUUUAUCAGCAAUCACGGGGCUAUGAGGAGCUAAUUAGCACAGAAGACUCCCCAUCUCUGUACUGUGUCUCUCCAAGCGGAUCUGCUGAGACCACCACUGGAGGGUGGGGAGGGCUGUAAGCCUCAAAUCUUUUGCCAGGGCAACCGACAGCGAACCUUGUCCUUUUCCACCCCACCCUGGGGACCCUCAUCUCCCGGAGGCUUGGUCUGUUCUCCUGGUAGAACCUGACCUGAGCCAGGAGACAAGUCCCUGCCCGGCAUGUUCAGUGUCUGUAUCAGAAUGCACCAAGUUGGGUUUUUGGGUAACCUCCAAGUUCAUGGAGUUCUUUGGGAGCCCUCUGGUGGCUGAUUUGGCACCUCUGACUUAAUUAGGCCUCAGAGGAGAUCUUGAGGGCGUGUGACCUUUGCAGGAGGAACCCUACAGUCCGGAUGGAUGCUGGUGGGAAAUGACUCCCCCGCCAACACUGAUGGGCUGUCAAAUUGCCAAGUGCUUCUGGUUAUGAGGCUAGAAACUUGGGGCCAUGGAAAUAGCUUUCAUAACGACUAGUGACAUUGCCUUUGAAAGUUUCUUUUUGUUUUUUUUUAAUAAGGAAAAAAAAAUACCCUCUCCACGCUUGCAAUUUCACAAAAUAUAAAGUAGGGAUAGAGAAAUCCAAUUUUGUUCUGGCUUUUGUUUCGAUCUGGAAUUCCCGAGGGGUUUAAGAUUUAUGGAGUAUGUGGAACUUCUUUCAAUCCCGAAGCAAACUGUAAAAAAGCAUAUGACAUUUACGAGACAGCUGGAAAUUUGAACACGGCCUGGAUAUUCGAUGAUACUAAGGACUCACUGAUGUUUUAAUGUGGUAGUGGUAUUGCGGUCAUGUUUUUGUUUUUGUUUUUUUAAGAGGCUUUAUCUUUCAGCUGCAUCCUGAAAUAUUUAUGGACAGAAUGAUAAAAUCUGGUAUUUGCCUCAAAAUAAUACCAGGAGGACGAGGGAGACCAGAAACAAGAUUGGCCAUGUCGUGAUACUUUUUGAAGCUGGGUGAUGGGUAUGUGGGGGCUCAUUAUACUGGGUUGGUUUUUUUUCUCUAUUUUUGUAUAUAAUAAACUGAAGCAAAUUUCUAGAGGCGGCGACAUCAGCAUAGAGAAUUGAUGGGUGACUCCUCUAAUUCUCCCUAAAUUCUGAAAUUCAUGUUUCGUCCCCACAUACCAACCCGGGGACAGGUCACAUUGACAGUAUAGUCACCCCCGCAGGUCUAAAGGAACUCCAGCCGCCCUUAAGUUCCUCCCGACUGGUGUUGGGAGAGUCCAGGGAUAUCUCGCUGGUCUUGUAAACGCCUGGACCCUCCCCGCUGCCCCUCCCCCACCCCGCCUGGCUCCGUGCUCAGCCUACUGCGUCCAUCCAGAGCACAAAUGAUCUCCAUAAAUGUCACAAGCAGGUAAGUCCCCUCUGCCCCGCCUUGUGCCACCUGUGCUCCCUCAUUGAGGCUUUGAUGCAGUGCUGCUAAGCGCUCAGCAUGUUGUUCCAGAAACUGCUCUUGCAGAUUUUCCUUAUUCUAAUAGAGGUCGUUCUCCCUUGGGUGCCCCAUGAGCCGAUGGGCGCUGGGAUGGACAGUGACAAUUGUUUGCCCUUUGCAUUUGUGCUGUUCACCACUAGCCCUGAUCACCAUGGCUGGCACACAGUAGGUGAUCAAUAAAUGGCGGCUGAGGCAGUGAUGGAAUUAACCCCUUCUUUUUUUAGGUGAUUCCUUUUCUGGGAGGCUUCUCGUGCCUACAGGCAGGCACCUCUCAACCAGGUCUUAGAUAUGUUCAGUUUUGUAAGACUCUUAUCCCCAAAUGGCCCAAGCAGGCCCCCUUCCCGGGAAGGUCAAAGCUGAGAGGCUCCCAAGUACUUUUAAAAAGGUGAGAAGCCUUUAGAACUAGAGUCCGUAGACCCCACCUGGGAUGGAAAACAAUGCUGUGCUCAUAUCGCGGAGGCAGCCAUUUUGGGUGGCCGCCGAACAUGCCUAUUCCCUCCUCCCUUGCCAAACCAAACUGACGUUCCAGCAUCAACACUGGGGAGGCCCCAUACUUCGUAAAAGCCAAUUUUGGCUCCCUCGGUGCUCUUGCCGGUGAUUGGCCCAAGUGUGGUCAUGUGACCCAGCUCUGCCCAAUGAGACCUAAGGAGGCGUGUGCCGGGGACUUCUGGGAAAGACUGUCCUCGCGGGAACGGGUGGGGGUUGGGGAGCGUCAAGGAGAAAGUCCUUCUCGUGGUCGCGUCCCUCAGCCUUGUGAGGAUGUGGUGCUGUUUGGGGUUGUGGCCGCAUCCUGUGAAAAUGGAGGCGGGCCAGGCUGGCACACGGAGGCUGACAGAGGGACUGAGGGAGGCCAGGCAGAGUGAGGGUGGUGACACUGUACUGAAACCAGAACGAUUAAGGGACUGUCUGGACAUUGUAUCCUGAGGGCUCGCGGGGCUCGACUCUCCGGGCAGAAGAUUGGAAGCCGCUUCUCUGGGGAUUCUGACGGGCCUGAGACCAAAGCCCGAAAACCAUUGACAUAAAAGGCUGUCCCCAAAACGUCCUCACCCGGUGCCCUCCGGUGAAGCUCGGAGGUGACAGGUUCGAAUCACAGGGUCAAAGCAGGGUGACCAACGCAUCCCCAUGUGGCCGGGACUUCGUCGGUUUGGGCACCGAACCCUCCCCCGUCCCGACGCCCCUCAGUCGUGGGCAGACAGGGACGCGCCACUGUCCUUGCAGAGGUGAGAGAAGGGGCUGCCUCCACUGAAGAUGCCGGGACAAAGAAGUGACUCCUCUUUCGUUCAGUCGUUCAGUCAAGAAGCGAAUGUUUCUAACGACCACCUAUUGGCAAGGACUCCAGGACUACUGAUGCGAAUGUCAGGCAUCCUGUUGUGAAGGAGCUUCCGGAAAUCUCUUAGGGCGGCCAGAGCAGCCAGGAAUGGCCCAGAGUUGCUUUGGACUAAGGAAGGGGCCAAGUGCUGGGUAUCUCAGCAGAUUGUGCAGUACAGAUAGAUGAUUAUCACUUAAAAUGGCGGUUGACUUUUAAAAAUUUGUUGAUGAUGACUAGGAAUGCAUUAAUAUACUCUCCCAAGUAACUGUAAUUUUAUGUAGUAUUUCAUUUUUAUUAGAUAAGAGGCUCAUAAAACAAGGUCCAAUGCUG